CUCUCAUCCCUUAUCGUUUAGAUGUCGUACGUCAAUCUGUCAUGUUUUUGUUGGUAAAUCUUUGAAAGUAGCUUUUCUUGAAUUUCUGCCGAAAUUUCUCACGGCAAUAAUCAGCUAUUUUGCGUGAUAUCCUAUCAAAAUGGUGCUUCGCACAUAUGGUGACAAACCCAUAAGCUUCCAGCUUGAGGAAAAUGGUGAAUAUUACUGUGUUGGUUCUGAGGUGGGCAACUACUUGCGCCUUUUCAGAGGCUCACUAUACAAGAAAUACCCUGGCAUGUUCAGAAGGUCCAUCACAAAUGAGGAAAGAAGACGUUUGAUAGAGCUUGGUUUAAGCCAACACGUAUUAGCCAGCAGUGUAUCGCUGCUUAGAACAGCUGAAGUUGAGGAUAUCAUAGAAGGAAACGAUGAAAAGUAUAAGUCAGUGUCAGUCCAUACAUCUGAACCACCACAGCCUAGAGAGAGCAAAUCCAAGAAAAACCAGCAAUGGGUUCCAUCUUUACCAAAUUCCAGUCAUUUGGACGCUGUACCACAAGCAACAUCUAUCAAUAGAAACAGAGUGGCUGCCAAAAAGGUGAGAACAUUUCCCCUUUGUUUCGACGACACAGAUCCGCAGUUGAAUGUAGAAAAUUCAUGCCAGCACGAACUUUUGGUUCCAAUAAGGCUGGACAUGGAGAUUGAGGGACAAAAGCUCAGGGAUACCUUUACUUGGAACAAAAACGAGAGCCUGAUAACACCGGAACAGUUCGCCGAAGUGCUAUGCGACGAUUUGGACCUAAAUCCAUUGACAUUUGUGCCAGCCAUCGCGCAGGCAAUCAGGCAACAAUUGGAGGCGUUCCCCAAUGAACCACCGAGUAUUAUCGAGGAAAAUGCUGAUCAGAGGGUUAUCAUCAAGCUCAACAUCCACGUUGGAAAUACUUCGUUGGUCGAUCAGGUCGAAUGGGAUAUGAGCGAGAAAACGAACAACCCGGAAGAAUUCGCUCUGAAACUGUGCACCGAGUUGGGUCUAGGCGGUGAAUUCGUGACGGCGAUAGCGUACUCCAUAAGGGGCCAAUUGUCCUGGCACCAAAGGACGUACGCUUUCAGCGAGGCCCCACUGCCGACCGUUGAGGUUCCGUUCAGAGCGGCCGGUGAGUCCGAUCAGUGGGCCCCCUUCCUCGAGACCCUCACCGACGCAGAGAUGGAAAAGAAGAUCAGGGAUCAAGAUAGGAAUACCAGGAGGAUCAGGCGUUUGGCCAACACUACGCCUGGGUGGUAGAUCUGGUAUAGGAUUUUAUGUAUAAGCUGGAUGAUCAAAUAUUGGUAUUAUCAUUUUUAUCGAGCGGUUUUAGAAGUUGACGUCAAGCCGGAAACGGGGGAUAGGAAGUCAUAUCAGUUAUCAGAAAAAUUAAAAAAAUCCAAGUCGUUUACUUUUCAAAUUACAGGCAAUAAAAAAUCGGAAAAAUCCACAUGAUCUUUUAGUUUCCAUUACUACAAAUUUCAUUGUUUUAAGCAGUGACGGAUAGUGAAAAUCGUCAAAAACGCCUCACAUAAUUAAUGGAUGCCCCCUUAUGUUGAAAAACGCAUCAAAAAUUGAGAAAUAAUUCUUUUAAAACCACUCAUCAGUUUUUCAUCAAACAAAAAUUGUCGAUUCAAUCUAUGAAAAUUUAUGAAUGUAGAAUGUUUAGUAUUAUUAAUUGUAAAGUGGUGAGCAUCAAAAAGUACCUAGAAUUGUAUGCAAAUUGACAAAAAACUUGAAUAAAACAUAUAGAAAAAA